GAGAAAGUGUGGUGUUUCUAUUGACACAUUUACUUAUUUCUUCAGUUUUAAUGCCAACAUGGGAAGAAGACAUGAUGCAGGCAACAUGUUCCUCUUUUGGAAACGAAGAAGAGCCCCUCUUAGGCAACAUGAGGCAGGUUAUUGGGAUAAGUUCCCAAACAUUAGUUGAUGAAAAGAAAUCUAGCCGACUCCCCCAAUAUGUCGCUGCUCUCAUUGCAACUAUUGGUGGUUUUGUGAUGGGUACUGUAUUAGCGUGGACUUCCCCUACCUCUGCAACAUUAGCAAUACAAAAAGAUAUUGCUAUAUCAGAUCUGGAGAACUCACUUAUUGGAGGUAUCACAAAUGUCGGAGCCAUGAUUGGAGCAGCUGGAGGUGGACUUUACUGUAACUUUAUCGGUCGUAAACGGGGACUUAUGGCCAUUGCUAUCCCUUCUAUAAUCGGUUGGUGUUUAAUUAUGUGGGGAGACAGUGUCGCUCUUAUCAUAGCUGGAAGAGUUGUGCUGGGUAUUGUGAUGGGAAUAUUAACUGUUUUAUGCCCAUUGUUCACAACUGAAAUAGGAGAGAAUUCAAUUAGAGGAACGCUUGGAACUUAUUUCCAACUUCAGGUGACACUUGGAAUUUUCUUCGAUUAUGUUGUGGGUAGCAAUGUAACCAGUGUCUUUUACUUUUCUCUUAUAUGCGCUGUUUUGCCUCUGAUUUUGGCUGGCUUGAUCACCUUUAUGCCUGAGACUCCUCAGUUUUAUUUGAUUAAGAGGAAUGAAGCAGCUGCCAGGAAAUCAUUACAGUGGUAUAGAGGGAAAAAUUAUGAUAUAAAUGAUGAAAUAACUGGUAUGAAAGCUACUAUUGAAAAGGUUAAAGAAGAAAAACUGAGCUACAGGGAAGCCUUUUCUAGUACUCCUGCCAAGCGUGGUCUUAUUAUUGGCCUUGGUGUUAUGUUCUUUCAACAGUUGAGCGGAAUAAAUAGUGUAAUUUUCUACAGUGCUGACAUUUUUAAGGCUGCUGGCUCUACAAUGGAUGCUGCUACGUGUUCAAUGAUUGUGGGAGGAGUGCAGGUUGUUGCUACUUACAUUUCUACUUUGAUAGUAGACCGUCUAGGAAGGAAGCCGAUGCUGUUCGGCUCUGCCGCCGUCAUGGCCCUGUCUACUGGAGCACUUGGCAUUUAUUUCCACCUCAAGAUAAUUGAAAGUGAUGUGUCAAACCUUUCCUGGUUGCCUGUGACUUCAUUAUCGGUUUUCCUGAUUGUAUUUUCACUUGGUUUUGGACCCAUUCCCUGGAUGUUUCUCUCUGAAAUAUUUCCUCCUUCCAUCAAAGGACCAGCUACUUCCAUUGCUUGCCUCUUCAAUUGGCUCUGCUCUUUUGCUGUUACUUUCUCCUUUAAAAGUAUCAAUAAUGCUAUUGGCAGCGAUUAUACAUUUUGGAUUUUCACCGCCAUCUCUGCGCUUGGUGCUGUAUUUGUACUUUGCCUUAUUCCAGAAACAAAAGGAAAGAGUCUCGAAGAGAUUCAAAAGGCUCUUGGUGGUAAUGAACCUACUGAUAAUAGAAGAAAUGUUGAAUCAAAAACAUAAUUUCAGUAUGGAAGCUUUGAACAUCUGUUACUGCAUCUAUGUGAGUUUAAAUUAUAAAGUAUUUUAGGAAAAUGUAACAUUCCAUUAUAUUUUGGAUCAUUUGUUAUGAUUCAUUUCAUUUUGUAAAUAAUUUCAUCAUUAAACGUUUAAAUUUUAUUAUUAUUGAUAAAAUUUUUUGUAAUAUUAAAACAUUGUACUAUUUUUAUCUAAUGAAAUUAUAUUGGGACAAAGAAAAUAGUUGAACAAAUGUUAUAAAGAUUAAUGUUGGCUGUUUUAUUUUCUAUCAGUAGAAAUUAAAUCUAGUCUUACUAUUCAUUUUUAUAUGAAAAAAAAAUUCCUGUAAAUUUAUUUAAUUAUAUAUUUUAACUGGCGCAAAAUAAUUUUAUAAUGCACUUCUGCUGUUUGUG